AUGGGCUGCUGUGAAUCGAAACUUCAAGCCGAGACACACCCAGAAAAAGAUCAUCACCAGCACCGCCAGCAUAGUCCAAACCCACCUUUCAACCACCCACCACUCUCCCGUGGAGGCGAACCUGUAUCUGCCACCGGAGUCCCAUCCUUCUCGGAGUUUUCCUUUGCAGACCUCAAAGCUGCCACCAACAACUUCAGCUCUGAUUUCAUCGUCUCCGAAAGCGGCGAAAAAGCCCCCAAUCUUGUCUACAAGGGCCGUCUACAGAACCGUCGGUGGAUCGCCGUCAAGAAAUUCACUAAAUUGGCCUGGCCUGAUCCAAAACAAUUCGCGGAGGAGGCAUGGGGUGUUGGGAAGCUGCGGCAUCGAAGACUGGCUAAUUUGAUUGGGUAUUGUUGUGAUGGUGAUGAGAGAUUGCUUGUUGCUGAGUAUAUGCCCCAUGAUACCCUGGCCAAGCAUUUGUUUCACUGGGAGACUCAGACCAUUGAGUGGGCCAUGCGAUUAAGAGUAGCAUCUUAUAUAGCUGAAGCCUUAGACUAUUGUAGCACAGAAGGCCGUCCAUUGUACCAUGACCUGAAUGCUUAUAGGGUUCUCUUUGAUGAGGACGGUGACCCUCGACUUUCUUGUUUUGGUUUGAUGAAAAAUAGUAGGGAUGGGAAAAGUUAUAGCACAAAUCUUGCGUACACACCUCCAGAAUAUAUGAGAAAUGGACGUGUCACCCCUGAAAGUGUUGUAUAUAGCUUUGGAACUGUCCUUCUGGAUCUGCUAAGUGGAAAGCACAUCCCUCCAAGUCAUGCUCUGGAUAUGAUACGUGGCAAAAACAUCAUCUUGUUAAUGGACUCGCACUUGGAGGGGAAAUUUUCUACAGAAGAAGCAACAGUAGUUGUUGGUCUUGCAUCCCAAUGUUUGCAAUAUGAACCUAGAGAGCGGCCUAAUACAAAGGACAUUGUUGCAACUCUUGCACCACUACAAGCCAAAUCUGAUGUUCCAUCUUAUGUCAUGCUUGGAAUUUCAAAGCAUGAGGAAGCCCCACCAACGCCACAGCGGCCUCUUUCACCAUUGGGUGAGGCCUGCUCGCGGAUGGACCUCACAGCAAUUCAUCUGAUCUUGGUGACGACACACUACCGGGAUGAUGAAGGAACCAACGAGUUAUCUUUCCAAGAAUGGACACAACAGAUGAGAGAUAUGCUGGAGGCAAGGAAGCGUGGGGAUUGUGCAUUCCGUGAUAAGGAUUUUAUGACUGCUAUUGAUUGUUAUUCUCAGUUUAUAAAUGUUGGAACAAUGGUUUCCCCAACUGUUUAUGCACGGCGCAGUUUAUGCUAUCUCCUAUGUGAUCAACCUGAUGCUGCCCUUCGAGAUGCUAUGCAAGCACAAAUCGUAAAUCCAGACUGGCCAACAGCUUUCUACAUGCAGUCAGUUGCUCUUGCCAAGUUAGACAUGCACCAGGAUGCUGCUGACAUGUUGAAUGAGGCUACUGGACUAGAAGAGAAGAAGCAAAAAGGAGGAGGGAGAGGAUCAUAGAAUGAGUCCUGAAUAAAUCCAUUCACCCGUACCAUUUGUUACUUGAAGCCUCCUCUGACUUUGUGCAAUCUGAAUAGGGAAUUAAAUUUGUCUCCACAAUUUUCAAAUGUAUGAUAAAGAGAAAUUUUAGUUGUUGCAUAAAAGCAGGCUUAUUUCCUCUCCAUUUGAAGUAUCAGCCUCCAUCGGUCUAUAUCAGACAUGGAACCCACACUGCAAAAUGUUGGCGCUGAGAAGCUAUAAGAAGGCGGCCAUAUAUGUUAAUGUUAAUUAAUUAUAAACUUAGAUGUUGUUUGUAUGAUUUUUUUGGACACACUAUCAUUUGGUUACCUGAUGUAUGGUAUGGUAUGGUAUGUAGGACUCUUAAAAGUGGUGG